AUGGAGUUUGAGGCUUGUAGAACAGGUAUGUUACUUGGUAUUCACCAAGGUUGGAGCGAUGUUGAUAUUGAGAGCGAUUCUAUCCUAUUGGUAGCUGCCCUUGAAUGGGAGGAGGAGGAUUUGUCUGAGGUGGGUCGAGUUUUAGGAGAUUGUAAAGACUUUAUGUCUGCUUUACAGUCUAUUCGAAUUCGACACAUCGGCAGGGAAGCAAAUGGUGUAGCAGAUAGACUAGCUCACCUUGCUAGUGCGGGGUUGUUGGAUGAUGUUUGGUUAGGGGAGACUCCUGCUAUUAUUCAGGACGUUCUGUACGAGGAUAUUUGUAAUAGUUCCAUUGUAGCACGGGGUCCAGCUAAACACCUUUCUACUUCUACGCGAGCAUCCUCUUUGCCCAUCCUUUUCAAGCGCCAAGUCCCCCUCACAGACAAGGACAACAACCCCAAGGAUGAUGAUGAGAAGAAGGAAACUGAGAAUGAUGAUGACGACAAUGUCGAAAUUCUAUUGUCGUCACUUAAUAUAUGCAAUGAGGACGAUGAUGAUUACCUCCUAUCAACUCUUGAUGUUCCGCUUCCGGCUCCUCUAAAGGAGAUGUCGAUUCCAAAAAUGCAAGAUGAAAGUAGAACACCAACGCUUGGAAUGUGGAAAGAGUUCAUUUCUCUUAUCACCUUUCAAGAAAAUUGUGGAGUUCCGUCUUACGAUAUGUGGAUGAUGAUCGAUGAUCACGGUGAUGGAAAAAUUUUGUGGGAGAAACAUUUUAGUAUAGGGCAUGUGGAAGGUGCUAUAUAUCCAAUGCUAUUUUGGAAAAGUGACCGACUUCUUGUGGAAACUAAUAACGAUAACGGACAUAUCGUCUUAUAUAACAUUCGCACACAUAUAUUAAAGCAUCUUCCUAUUCAUGUCAAGGAUGGGCAAGCACUUGUUUAUGUGAAUAGUAUUGUUUCCAUCGACGGAGGCAACAUACUUGAAGAUAUAGAUAUAUCUGCUUUUUAUGGCAGUGGUAAGUUUUAUAGCUGCGGAGGAGAACCUGUUGAUAUUUCUGCCUUUUAUGACAAUGACAAGUUCAAGUUGAGAUCAAGAAGCGAUUUGUGCGAUCUGCAAUCGAGAAUCGAAGGCGCCAAGAUGUCGGAUUUGACUCAUUUGAACAAAGAAUUGGUGUUACUGAUUAUCCAAUUCCUAGGUGACGAGAAAUACAAGGGCGCCAUGCACAUGCUUGAGCAAGAAUCAGGGUUCUUUUUCGACCUCACGUACUUUGAAGAGAAGAUUUUGAAUGGAGAAUGGGAUGAACUAGAAAGGUAUAUCUCAGGAUUCACAAAAUACAAUGACAAUCGUCAUUCCAUAAAAAUUAUGUUUGAAAUUACGAAGCAGAAGUAUCUGGAAGCACUUGAUAGGAACCUCAAGGCUGAGGCAGCUGACAUUUUAGUCAAGGAGCUGCGAAAAUUUUCUUUAUAUAACCCAGAGGUUUAUAAAGAUCUCACAGAGCUGUUAACUCUGCAUAACUUUAGGGAGAAUGCACAUCUGAACCAGUAUGCCGACAUCAGAUCAGCUCGUGAAAGAAUGGUGGUAGUGCUCACAAAAGUUGUAAAAACCAACCCUCUACUUAAGGAUAAGCUUAUAUUUCCCACUGCUGGGAAAUCAAGACUGCGGAAACUGAUUAAUCAGAGUCUAAACUGGCAGCACGACCAAUGCAAGAACCCGGUGCCGAAUCCAGUAGUAAGAACUUUGUACGAAGAUCAUUAUUGUCCCCCACCUCUGAUUGGUCCCCUGCCCCGGCCUUUUUUUGGUCAACCCCUGCCCGGGCCUUUUCCUGCUCCUUUUCCCUCUGUGGAAGGAGCUAUAGCUCCCUAUCAGGCCAAUGGAGAAGUUGCAAGUCUAAAGCGGCCAAGAACAACUCCGGCAACUGUUAGUGAGGUUGGUCCUUCAAUUACUGGUUUUACCGCCAUUGACCGAAUGGCGGAAGAACUAGAACACUCUCGAUAUAAUGUAGAGGGUACUUCUCAAACUUCUACACAGCUUCGAACUUCUUGGUUGGCGAAGAACCUGCCAAAAAACGUGGCUUAUAGCUUCCAUCAAGGAUCUAAAGUCACAAGCAUGGAAUUUCAUCCUAAUCAGCAUACAUUGCUUCUUGUUGGUGCUAGAAACGGUGAAUUUAGUAUAUGGGAACUGAAAUCGCAGCAGAGAGUGGCUUCGGAGCCAUUCAAGAUAUGGGAUACGGCAGCAACUUCAUUGGAACUACAGGGCACACUUUCCAAUGAAGACGCAUGUAUAUCUGUUAGCCGUGUUACAUGGAGUCCAGAUGGGAACUAUUUUGGAGUUGCAUAUACUAGAAAUUUGAUUCAUUUGUAUGCUCAUUCUGGAAUCAAUGAGAUAUGCCAGUGUUUGGAGAUUAACGCUCAUGAUGGUCGUGUCAAUGACUUGGCUUUCGAUCAUCGGGAUAAAGAACUGUAUCUUAUAACAUGUGGAGAUGACAAGGUUAUAAAGGUAUGGGAUAUAGCGGGACAAAACUUGUAUAACUUUGUUGGUCAUGAAGCGCCGGUCUAUUCAGUCUGUCCUCAUCAUAACAAGAACUUUCAGUUUAUAUUUUCGACUUCUAUUGAUGGGAAGAUAAGGACCUGGAUGUAUGACAAUGAGGGUCCUAUAUCUGGCUGUGAUGCUCCUGGAAACUGGUGCACAACGUUAAUUUUCAAGUCGGAUGGUAGUAGCCGAAUGUUCUCUUGCGGAACUAGUAAAGAGGGAGACACUUUUCUAGUUCAAUGGAGUGCAAAUAAUGGAAUAGUUGAUGAUGAAGCCAAAAGGAAAAUUUAUUCUGGGUUUACUGAGAAAUCUGCAAGGAUUGCCCAUUUUGACAUAACGAAUCAGUUUUUGGCUGUGGGUGAAGAUAGCCAGAUAAAGUAUUGGCAUAUGGACCAUGACGACGUUCUAACUAGCACAAAUGUAGAGGGUGGACUGCCGAGUCGGCCUCGCUUGAGAUUCAACAAGGAAGGAAGUCUUCUUGCUGUCACAACGGCAAACGAGGGAUUCAUGAUACUUGCAAAUGGAACUGGACGCAUAAGAGUAGGAUUACCUUAUUCCGAUAAACUGAGAGUUCCAAUUGAAUCCAUUGUAAACAAGGAAGCUGGCUCAUCUUUGGGUGCAAAUGUCAAUGAGGACAAUGGGAAAUCUGAAAGGAGCUCUCCUGCUAGGCCUAGUACAUCUCAUAUAAUAGCAGCGCAGCCAGUUCGCUACAAGACAACUGCACGUAACUUUCCAGGAACAAUGCACUUUUGA